AUGGCAGCACUUGCUUCGUCAGCAUCACCUGCUGCAGCAGCAGCUGCAGCAGCAGCUGCAGCAGCAACAGCAGCAGCAAAAUCCCCUGCAGCACGAUCACCUGCAGCAGCAGCAGCACCUGCUGCAGCAGCAGCAUCCUCUGAUGAGGACGAUAUUGACUUUCAGGAUGAUUGGGGUGUACAGACAGCUCAGAUAGGCUCAAGGAAGCAGCCAGAAGCUGCUGCUGCAGCUACAAGUGCAGCACAACCAGCAACUCCAGCAGCAGCAGCAGCACCAGCAGCAGCACCUGCUACUGCAGCAGCACCUGCUGCUGCAGCACCUGCUGCUGCAGCGCCUGCUGCUGCAGCAGCAGCAGCUGAAGAAGAGGAUAUUGACUUACAGGAUGACUGGGGGGCACCGACAGCUCAGGCAACAGCAGAGGCCCCAGCAACAGCGGCAGCAACGCCAAUAGCAGCAUCAACAGCAGCAGCAGCAGCAGCAGCAGCAACAACAGCAGCAGCAGCAGCAGUUGACCGGGAUGAGCUGGACUUCGAGGCUGUCUGGGGAGCCCCUGCAAUUCAGCCGCCUACAGCAGUCCCUGCAGCAGCAGUCUCACCAGCAGCAGCAGCACCGCCUGCAGCAGCAGCAGCAGGAACCCCUGCAGCAGCAGCAGUAGCAGCACUUGCAGCAGCAGCAGCAACUCCUACAGGACCUGCAGCAGCAGCUGCAGCAGCAGCAGCAGCAGCAUCUGAAGAGGAAGACCUCGACUUUGGAGACGACUGGGGAGUUGCAGCAACUGGGGCAGACACAAGCAAAGGAGCAGCAGCACUUGCUGCAGCAGCAUCACCUGCAGCAGCACCACCUGCAGCAGCAGCACCUUCAGCAGCAGGGUCUUCUGCGUCAGCAGUGCAUGCAGCAGCAGAAACAGCAGCAGCAGCAGCAGCAGCAGCAGCAGCAGCAGCAUCUGAAGAUGACGAUCUGGAGUUCGAAGAUGAUUGGGGAGCCCCAACGUCUCAGAAUAACACAAAAGCCCCAGCAGCAGCAGCAGCAGCAGCAACAGCAGCAGCAGCAGCAGCAGCAGCAGCAACUUCUCCAGCAGCAGCAGCCAUGGCAGAAGCUGCAGCAGCAGGUGAUGAGGACUCCCUGAGCCUUGAUGACGAUUGGGGGCCCCCUGGGGGAGAAUCGCAUGCAGGCCUUGCAGCUGCUGCAGCGCCAGCAGCAGCAACAGCAGCAGCAGCUCCAGCAGCAACAGCAGCACUAGCAGCAGCUGCAGCAGCGCAACCAGCAGCAGCAGCAGCAGGUGCUGCUGCUGCUGCUGCUGGGGCAGAGGAGCUGGAGUUUACCCUGGAUGAUUCGUGGGCUGAAGACAUCGAUCUGGAGGAGUUGCUGCGAGACUGA